GUCGUAGUCGAAACGAACGAUAUGACCUUAUUUAUCACAGUAUUCAUGUAUGUGUUAUUCCAACGGGUGUCCAAAAAUGGCUAACGGUUGCCCCUUAGGGCUAGACGUUAAUGGGCUGCGGCGCGAGUAAAUACAAAAUGGGGAACGGAGCAAAUAAGCCAGCCCCUGUCCCGGAGGAGGAAGAGAAAAAGGAGGGCGAGGAGGAUGAAGAGAAACAGAAUGAGGGAGAGGAGGGAGAAGGUGGCAACCUUCCUAAUGGAUUCCCUAGCAUGUCAAGGCAAGAGGCAGUGAAAGAACGGUUUAGGAACGUCGUGAACAUGACUAGGAUAGCGGGGCGGAUGCUGAAGGAGCAGGAACAGCGUGCUAUAGAGAAAGGCAGACAGAAUACGUCCCUUAAAGAGCCUGAAAGAGAAGAGAUUGUGAUACCAGACUCCAUGUAUAUGUACCCCCCGGCCAGACCUCCAAAGAGGAAGAAAAACGAAAUAUUUCACGAGUCUGACUGUAUACUGGCAGACGCUAUAGCGGCAAAGGUGGAUGCAGAGUCGGUAGGAUCCAUAGACGAACUGGUAAGAGAACUUACUAUCAAACUAAAAACGGACAUGCAGAAGCUUAGAGCGUUAUUUAUGUGGUUAGGGAUGCAGCGAAUACGACAACGGACGUACCCCACCAUCUUGGAUCCUACCACUCCAAUAGGGCAUCUAAAGAGGAUGGCCCUAGGGAGAGUGUCUUAUGCCGUUAUGUUCACACUAUUGUGCAGAUCAGCUAAGCUGCCCUGUGUUAUAAUUCGAGGAAUAGCCAAAUCAGCGUCCUAUGAAGUAGGAGACAAGAAUGUCGACUCACUGCGAAACAUGUGGAACGCUGUCUACGUGAGUGGAGAAUGGCGGUUUGUGUUCCCUCUGUGGGCUUUGUCAGCAGUCGUCGGCAAGACGACGGGGGACUGGACACUUGCGGAGUCUACAGGUGAACCCUUGCUUCAGAGAGAAGAAAAAUCUGCCGGUGAAUCUGUGAGUCAGGUAGACGAUUAUUACUUCCUCAUUGACCCCGGGGAGUUCUGCUUUACUUGCUUUCCAGACGAGAAAAGGUGGCAGCUUCUCAGGGAACCCAUCUCAAAGAGAAAAUUCAUCCGGGUACCGUACUUAUGGCCACCAUAUUUCCAAUACGGACUCCAAAUCUCGACAAAGUUUGAUUCUAUUAUAAAGACAGUGAAAGGAAAAUGUAACAUAGCUAUUAAGCCAGGACCAGAGUUUGUUCCACUGUCCUAUGAAUUACAUUAUAAUCACAAGGAAUCGGAUCGAGAUAUUCCGGAUGAUAUUCAGUUAGAGAGGUAUGUUGCUAUUAUGAACGAGGCAGAUAAAACAAACUUCAUUUUGCGACUUCCGGUUGAUGGUGUAUAUAAACUGGAAGUUCUGGACAAUUCAAAAGACUGGAUAUGCUUCUUCAAGAUCUGGUGUGAUGAGGACAUAGAACCCUGGGAUCCGUAUCCAAUAAACUCCAUGAUAGGGUUCGGUCCAUGUAAGGAGACGGAGAACGCAGGGCUCAGGGUAGAAACGCUGGCCUACAGCAACGGUGUGAUAAACAUGACAAAGAAACAGCAUAUUCAAAUAAAGUUCACAAUGUUAAGGAAUCUUCAUAUUCGAACAGUUUUGGUGCACAAUACGAUAUCACCCGCGGAACUACAGGAACAUGCAUCACAUAAAAUCCUUGACAACCUGGUCAAUGUUCAUUUGACAGUUCCUCAAAACGGGGAGUAUGCGCUCCAGGUCUUCACAAAGGAAAAGGGGCCAAACGAUGAGUUCAGGAACGCGAUAAACUAUCUGGUCGUAACGGACGAGAAACCGAGAAAGGAUAAAGGCUGGGAGAACGCCCGAGAGAAGCUCAUCCGGCACCGCCUUGAUGAGUCGACUAGCAAGUCCAGAAACCCAGAAGAGAUAAAACAGGCUCUUUACAAGUUCAAUGACCUUGAGCUCAUCAACCACGGGGAGGUGGAUCGAGCGCAGAGACGUAUUGGCUAUCUAGUAACGAAAAACAACUUACGGGACGGCAUAAACCGACGCCAUGUUGAGGUGCUAGAUAGAGCACUACGUGAAGCUAAGGACUCAGAGCACCGGGACAAGUUAGAAGGGAUGAUAACAGAUGGAGAGGCCCUCCUUCAACACCUUAGUCAGAUCAACCUGUUCGCCCACGACGUACUCGCCCUUCAACGUACAACGGUGUCCGAAAUUCACCGGUACAACAUACCUAAACAGUCCAUUCACGAUGUCAUGAAGGCUACCUUCCUUGUCCUGGGCGAGAAAGAGGAACCAUUGGGGGAUUGGGAAGCCAUUCAAGAUUUACUGAGGAAGGCAGGAAGGGAGAAUGUGCUUUAUAAAAUCAAACAGUAUGACACAAUCUACCUAGAAACAGAGACGGCCCAGCGUGCAGCCGACAUCAUCUCACAGUACGACAAGGCCAACCUGUUAGAGGCUAGCGCUGCCGCGGGAGCUUUCUACGUCUGGGUUUACAACAUCACCAAAGAAGUACUGAAGUGGACCGGGUACUAUGAUGGCGGUGAACAGACAAAAUCUCAGCCGGAAUUUGAACAGUCAACAGUUCAAUUCAUGAUGGGAAGUACUGGGUCGAGAGCUAUUGUCGUAUAUGCUUCUGAUCUUUCACCAAAACCUUCUCACUCGGAUGGUCGACAGUCAUCAACCUCCAACACAAGUGCUCCAGAGGAAAUUCUAUCGGUGGACAGAGAACAAACUGCUCUACAGAAUGAAAGGGACGUUAAUAAUGACAUGACCACUGACACGCCCACUGUCCACGUGUCCAAUGAGGAGAGGAAAGGGUCAGUUCAAUAUAACAUACCUUAUGAUUUGAACCACACGUCACCUGAACAGCCUACGAGCGUGUUACUUCCCGGAAACGAGAGCGAACAUUUAGCUGACAGCAACGAGCGUGAAUCUUCACUUCCCACAUAUGGGGACCUGUAUCCAUAUGAGGAAGAGGAGGGCUUUAGUGACGAGGCGGGAAUGCUUUAUUCAACCACUUAUAGACAGGCACAUGCACACACAGGGUACAAUCAGCCAGGGGACGAUCGUAGCACUGAACAGGAAAUGGUGUUAUCCACUGGAUAUAUCCGAGGUCAGACUCUUUCUAGCAUAGGGCCAGGCGAGGGUGAUGGUCAUAUCGGGAUGGUUUCGGCACAACCAGAGAUUAACGAUUCUAACAACGCCUUCGAACAUACUGUCCUAAAUAAGAUUGUUGAAGACGACAUAUGUAUGAAACUUAAUAAGCGAGUUGGGAGACGAAAGACAAAGCUGAAACAAAAACGACACAAGAAGGUCCUGGACGAUGAGAUAGAGGAACUCCUGGUGAAUCCACAAGACUACCCGGCACCUCGUCCUUCUAAAGUGAGCAAGGCGGACAUAACAUCAACGGACCUGUACAAGGAUCCCGACCGUAGGGCUCAACAGGUAAAACCUGAAUCUGUAGAGACGAUAGAAGAGCUAUUACUGAAACUUACUGGAGAGUUUACAAAGGAGGUACAAAAAGUAAGGGCGAUCCUCAUGUGGAUUGGGUACCACAUCUUCGGCGUUUCCGAACUGCGUUUCAGACCCGAGAAGUACUCACCAACGGAUUACCUGAAGCGGCUAAUGUCUGGCAAUAUUUCCUACGCCGAACUGUUUACAUUUUUAUGCAGGAAAGCACACAUUCCAUGUGUGCUGGUGGAUGGAUUCGCAAAGAGCCAGGGUUAUGACGUAGGAAAGGAAAGUCUAACCAAUCUAGUCAACACGUGGACGGCGGUAUACGUGGCGGGUGGCUGGAGACUCGUGUUCCCACUGUGGGCACUUACUAAUGAAGCAGAUGAAGGAGAGAAUGCUACACUGGAUGUGGACGAUGACGGCAAUUUGAACGAGUUCUUCUUCCUGACUGAUCCAGACGAGUUCAUCUUCAGAUGUCUUCCUAUCAAAACCGAUUGGCAGCUUCUCCAGAAUUCUUACUCAAAAGAAAAAUUCAAACGACUACCCUAUGUCAGUUCACAAUUCUUCGAUGGUUUUAUUAAAUUGCCGAACCUCCAAGACGGCACUAUCCAAGCCAGGUAUGGCUACUGUAAGCUGAACUUGACGCUUAGAGAAGGGCGGGAUGAGGAUGCAAAGCUUUUCGCAGAACUGAUGUUUGACAGAAACAUAUCCGAGGAAGAUAGUUCCCCGGAUGUUCAACUCGACAGAUUUAUAGCCAUUAUACACAGCCACAAAAACCGGAGAGUAAACGUACGGCUACCAUGUGAUGGCGUGUACAGACUAAAAUUGUCCGAUUCCAAACGAGGAUGGCUUUGUUCUUUUCGGAUUGUUUGCGAGAAGUCAACACUGAUGAAAAAUGCCUUCCCUGAACAUCCAAUGCUUGACUUUGGACCUUGUAUCAGCACGCUGAACGCUGGUCUCGUGCCAAUCUCUCACAUCGGCGGAGUUUUAAACAUUCACGUUAAUCAAGACAUCAUCGUUUUGUUUGACAUGACGGAGGAACUGUCAAUCAAAACGCAACUCUUCGACUGUAAAAACGAUGUCAGUCAUUACGUCACACAUAGUGUACAAGACAAAGAGGUGAAGGUCACAGUUAAAGUACCAGUCACUGGAGAGUAUGGCCUAGUUAUCCUCUGUCGAGACAGGCAUUCAAAUAACCCGUUCGUCGUGGCCUGUAAUUAUCUCCUCACCACGGAGAAGAAUCCUACCCAGAAGAAAGCGAGGGCAAGACUUGUGUUUGUCACACAGAAAUCCAACAAUCCGGAGGUACUUCAACACUCACUGGACGCAUUUCAACAGCUGAAAAUACAAAGUAAAGGAGAAGUUGUUGGAGCUACAGAAAAAAUCAACUUUCUCCGGAUCAAACAAGCGCUAAUGGAGAGUAUCAAGAGAAAGAAUCGACAGAUGUUAAUAUAUUCAAUUAAACAAGCCCGAUCAUGUGACGUGUACCAUGACAAGCUGAUGCCGAAUAUCACAGAAGCAGAAGCAUGCCUAGAUGGUCUAUCACCACCUUCACUCACACACAACGUGCUCAGUAUGGGACGUCUUACCGUGUCAGAAAUAUCGAGAUAUAAGAAACCUCGACCUCUAGUCCACGACAUCAUGAAGGCUACCAUGAUAUUGUUGGGUGAAUCCCCUUCUGAUGUAGAGCACUGGCCUAAUAUUCAGAAAUAUAUGAAGAAGUCGGGCAAAAACGGAUUUCUAACCAGAAUAAAACAGUUAGAGAUACGCGAUGUUAGUAUGGAUGCGGCGGAAUCGGCAUACAAACUUGUGGACCGGUAUGAUCGGGAGUCAGCCGUAGGUGGAGGUAGUGCUGGAGUAGGAACGUUCUAUGUGUGGGGACUAAAACAGUUAGAGAUACGCGAUGUUAGUAUGGAUGCGGCGGAAUCUGCAUGCAAACUUGUGGACCCGUAUGAGCGGGAGUCAGCCGUAGGGGGAGGUAGUGCUGGAAUAGGGACGUUCUAUGCGUUGAUCAAGGCUACAAUGGGAUCAUCUUCAUCUACUGAGGAGCCUCCUGCUCCGGCAAAGGCCACCGCUGCUAAUGGUGACGGUCCGCCAAAGGCCAAAGAGGACGACGGGAGAUUGGAUGUGGAGGCAUUUAAAAACUACAAGGAAAAGGAUCCCAUCAUGCCGAAUACAGUUGAAGACGGUUAUCCCAGUAUAGCUCCUCCAUCAAACAAAAAGUCGGAUGUGUUCACUGAAGAAGAUAUGCUAGAACCUGACGCCCAUGCGCACUCGAUAAAACCUGAACCAAAUCCAAUGCUAGAGGCGCUGGUGGAGGAGCUGACAGGUCCUUUUCCAUCAGACAUUGUAAAAGUCCGGGCCAUCUUUGUUUGGAUUGGGUUACAGCCAUUCAGUAUGAUGAGGUACCCGCUGAAGUUGAACCCCAAAUCUACGAUGGGCUAUUUAAAACGUAUGGCCCUGGGGAAUCUGUCCUACUCCGAGUUGUUUACGGCUAUGUGCAGGAUUGCCAAAAUUCCAUGUGUCAUGGUGUCUGGCGUUGCAAAAUCUUCCGUCUAUGAGAUUGGUGACGAAGAUGUCAAUAGCCUCCGGAACAUGUGGAAUGCAGUGUACGUCAAAGGUGGUUGGAGGAUCAUUUUCCCCUUGUGGGGUCUGAAAGCGAUAGCUGGGAGAAGUACAGGAACAUAUCCGGGAAAGGACAUAGCUCUAAAAGGCGAUGCUUUGCAGGAGAUGGUUCUCAACGCCAUAAACGAAUACUACUUUCUUACUGACCCGUCAGAGUUCAUCUUCAGAUGUAUGCCUGAUAACGAAAAUUGGCAGCUGAUCAAAUCUCCAUACACAAAAACAAAAUUCAUCUCAGUGCCCCUGUUACGGCCGAAAUUUUUCGAAUAUGGAUUAAAAUCGCAGGCCGGCUCACAAGAAGGUAUUAUCCUGUGUGAAGAGGGAGUGUGUGAAGUUAAGCUCACAUACUCAAAAAAGUACGUGCAACUACUUCCGGUUCUGAUGUUCUAUGACAGAGAAAACGGCGGAGAACACACUAAAAUAGAGCGCCACACAGCGGUGAUUAUUGAAGGGAAUGUCGUCAGAUUUGUGAUGAGGUUCCCCAAAGGAGGAGUAUACAAAUUACAGAUCCUAGAUAUAUAUAAUGCGUGGGUUUGUUCUUACAAAGUGGUCUGUGUUGAGCCGAGCUGCAUGGGUCCAUUCCCUGUUGAGGCAGAGCUUGGAUUCGGUCCCUAUAGUGAUCUAAAAGAGACACUUGGAUUGGAGGCGAAAUCGCAUUUGAAGGGUAUGGAGGUUAUCCUAACCGGCGAUGAGGCUGAAUUUACAUUUGCACGCUCCAGACCUUUGAACUUCAUGGUAGAACUGGUUCACAAUGAAAUUUGGGAAGAGGAUCUGGCUGACUGUGUCUCGUUUAAAUCUGACAUGGGUCAGCUUGUGGUCAAGGUCAAAAUCGACAUAAAAGGGGAAUUUGUUUUGAUGAUCCACACAAAGGACGUAGGGUCAACGGAAGAUUUUGACAAUGUCGUCAAUUACCUUCUCAUUUUAAAGGAACCAAAGAAGAAAAAGCCAGGAGAGGAAGAAGAAAUGCUAACAGCAUUCAGUGGAAUGGAACCAAAAGUCCUCAAGAGUCUUGGUCUUGAAAAAGUUGCGAACAAAGGUAAAGCUAAAAACGACGCAGCGCAAAACGAGGAGGAUGACAGAAAGAGAAAGGAAAACAUAAAAAAGAUGAAAGCAAUGGCAAAACCAGUUGACAAAGAGAAAAAGAGGGCACAGGAACUGGCAAGCUUGAAGAAAGCAUUGACUGCAGCUAUAGAGAGCCGAAACAUUGACCAGCUGGAACGAGCCAUUGAGGAUAGUAAGACGUACCCGGAACUUCAUGAUCAGGUGAGCGAGGCGGAAACCAAGUACAGUGCACUCCAGAGAAUGAAAAAACACUCGUCCCAAGUGAUGGAAAUGGCGCAAACUACUAUCUCCGAAUUACACCGGUACAAGGAACCGACAGUAGCCAUUCAUGAAGUCAUGAAGGCCACUUUUCUACUUCUCGGAGAAAGUGAAUCCGGUACUGUGGGGGUCGGACCAUCGACGUCUCUCAAGGAAUGGAUAAAUGUCCAGAAUCUGCUGAGGAAGACGGGUGCAGGCAGUGUUAUUUCUCGAGUGAAGAAGUUUGACGCCCUUUCGGUUCCACUGAAGACGGCUAAAAGGGUCCUUGCUAUACUAGACCCAUAUGACAGAUUUGAGGUCACUGACGCCAGUGCUGGAGCAGGAACAUUCUUUAUCUGGGCCAGUAACAUUGCCAAUGACGUGGUUUCCAUGCAUACCUGAUUAGGCUACAUGUGACGGAUAUCGAUUCAUUCCAUUUUGUUCCCAAAUCCCAUUGGCUUAGUAGUCGCCAUCAUUCGUUCAAAAUACUUUAAACAUUUUGGAUUGAAUUUAUUUACUUUGAAUAUCAGUAGUAUUCAGUUAGUGCUUAUUAUUGUUUACAUUGCCAAAAGUGAUUUCCAUAUCCAUGUGUUCAUUUCAUCUCAUUUCUCUGAUUUACAUGUAUAAAAGACGCAUGUUGAGAAAUGGAUAUUUCAUAAAUAUAAACAAAUGUAAAGUCUGGAUCAUUUCGAACUGUCAUAAGCAUCAAAUGCAAUACAUAUAUACAAGUAUUUGAUGUAUUCAUAUGUAUAUAGUUCAUUUGGGAAUUAUCUACACCCUCUUGACAUAAAUAAAUACUACGUUCAUCUCCAGAACUGCAAUUAUUUCUGACAUACAUCAAUUCUCCUCUCAAAAAUAGACCUCCACACAAAGAAAAAUAUCGUUAAUCAUCCGUUUUAACAAUAUCUAUUGUGAUACAAACCGUAUAAUGUUAAAAGGACUGUUUGAAGCUUUAAUGAACCGCUAAUCAUUCAUUAGCGUUAAUGAACGUUUGAGCAACGUCAUAAAAUUCCUAAUGACGUCAUGCUAUUUAAUGAUUUAAUGAAGGUUUAAUGAAGGUUUAAUCCAUCAUUAACUUUUAAUGAACGUUCGAGCAACCGGUCCUGGUCUACAUAUUGUCAGCAUAAGUUUUAAGUCGAUUAUAAUUAUGACAAAUAAACACUCAAUACAAAAUAGAAAUAUGAACAUGUAGUUGUAUGUCCCCGAUUUUUUAUACACUGCUUUACUGUAUCGAGAUAUACAACACUUGCUUUUAGCAAGACUAGUACUAUAGGCUUUAUACGUUACUCCUUCCUAAACUUUUGAAUGUACGUACUUUUAGGUCUGACUAGUUUGAGUAUCCAAUCCAAAACAGAACACAGAGGGCGAACAGGUUUUUGCAUAGGGUGGAAAUAUAUCAAGUGAGUUUACACACAAGUGUCCUCGUUUUUUUGUUGUUGCCAUAAGCUUGAGUUUCUCUUUUGUCCUCAAAUAUAAGUUUUAUUACCACAUAGAAAUGAAAAAGAAAGUGGGAAAGGGAAACAAAUAAAUUUGAGUUAGCUCCCUUGAUGUGUCUAUAUACACUAUCAAGCCGCCUUAAUCCAGUAUGUGUGAUGUCGACAAUAUUGAAGUUUUCUGUUCAAAAUUGACGCAGUAAUACAUUUUCACUUAUCAGUUUAAUGUAAUUUAAUGGUAUUUUUUUUAAACAGCUGUCAGUAAGAAGGUUUGGAAAAUAUUAUUCUUAUUUCAAGGUCUAUAUAAAAAACCCGUCUAUGUUUCUUCUGAAAACUAAUAUUUUGCAGGAUUUCUGAAUUUAUAUAUUAACAAAAAAGUCCAGAAUAAUAUUUAUUCGUUAUCCAAAUAGUAGAUCAACAUAGACUUAAAAUGAAAACGACAUAUCAUAGAAGACAGAUGCGCAUCCCAUGUACACUUUGCAACUAUAUGUAUGUAUGUGGUUAAUUGCUUAAAAACAUACUUCAGUUGUUGGCAUUCAUAUGCAUAUAUCUUUCUUGAGCAUUUCUGGUAUGGUACAAAGUGAUAUCCUUUCAUUAUUAAUCAUCAUUAAGUUCCAAUCAAAAAGCAAAUAUCUUGUAUACUUGUAGUAGUGAACCUUCUGGUUCACUACAACACAUUGUGCCCGUCUUAACGUCAUGAUGAUAAUAAAUCAUUGUCAUGUCAUUUAUUAUUGUUAUGAAUGUCAAAUACAUUUAUUGAUAUUUUGAACAAUAUGGUUUCUGUUUUAAUUAUUAUCAUUGAUAUGAGUUACUGAUAUUGUUUAUGGAACUUGUUUCAGAGAUGGAUCAAUAAAUAUUCAAUAAAACUGACUAUAUGAUUUUAAAUCUUGUGUAGAACGUCAUUAUCACCUUUCAACAUUUUAACAAUCAAUAAAAUGAGAAAGGGAAUAUAAUAAAA